UAACAAUGGUUAUCAAAAUAAAUUUUAUAUCCUUGUUUCUUUCUUUGAUCCUCUUAUUUUCCCUCUCCUUCGCGAAAACGCCUCCGCGACCUCGAGCUUUUCUUCUUCCAGUAAUGAAAGAUGCAUCCACUAAACAAUUUGUCACAACCAUUAACCAAAGAACACCCCUUGUCCCAGUCAAACUUUCGAUCGAUCUUGGUCAACGAUUUUUAUGGGUUGAUUGUGAAAAAGGUUAUGUUAGUUCAUCUUAUAAACCUGUCCCUUGUGGUUCCAUCCCUUGUAAACGUUCUUUAUCGGGUGCAUGUGUUGAAUCAUGUGUAGGUUCUCCUUCACCAGGGUGCAACAAUAACACUUGUUCACAUAUUCCUUAUAAUCCCUUUAUUCGUACUAGCAUGGGUGGUGAACUUGCUCAAGAUGUCGUUUCACUUCAAUCGACCGAUGGCUCGAAUCCUCGAAAAUACUUUUCAACAAAUGGAGUAGUUUUUGAUUGUGCUCCUCAUUCUCUUCUUGAAGGACUAGCAAAGGGAGUUAAAGGGAUUCUUGGACUUGGGAAUGGUUAUGUAGGAUUUCCUACUCAAUUAGCUAAUGCUUUUAGUGUACCUCGAAAAUUCGCUAUAUGCUUGACUUCAUCCACAACCUCUCGUGGUGUUAUCUUCUUUGGUGAUAGUCCUUAUGUAUUUCUUCCUGGAAUGGAUGUCUCAAAGAGACUUGUUUACACUCCACUUCUGAAGAACCCUGUUAGUACAUCGGGGUCAUAUUUUGAAGGGGAGCCUUCGAUGGAUUAUUUUAUUGGAGUGACAUCAAUCAAAAUAAAUGGUAAUGUUGUACCAAUAAACACCACAUUGUUGAACAUAACCAAAGAUGGCAAAGGUGGAACAAAAAUUAGUACGGUUGAUCCUUACACGAAAUUGGAGACUUCGAUUUACAAUGCUUUAACAAAGGCAUUUGUGAAAUCGCUUGCUAAGGUUCCAAGGGUGAAACGCGUGGCACCUUUUAAAGUGUGCUAUAAUAGAACGAGCUUGGGAAGUACUCGUGUUGGCCCUGGUGUUCCACCUAUUGAGCUAGUGUUGGGAAACAAAAAUGCUACUACAUCAUGGACUAUUUGGGGAGCGAACUCUAUGGUGGCGGUGAAUAAUGAUGUGCUCUGUCUUGGAUUUGUGGAUGGAGGAGUUGAAUUUGAACCAACAACUUCUAUAGUCAUUGGAGCACAUCAAAUUGAAAACAACCUUUUGCAAUUUGACAUUGCUAACAAAAAGUUGGGUUUUACUUCUUCACUCUUAUUUGGUCAAACAACAUGUGCCAACUUCAACUUUACAUCCAAACCUUGAUGGUAUAAUAAGGGAUGUGCUUUUAUGUAAUUUUAGAUUCAAAUAAAUGUUUCUUUUAUUUUC